AUGAUUUGGAAAUUGCUUCAUUUUAGUGCUCUCCUUCUCGGAGCACUCACAUCCCACACUCCAUCCUCACCUUACAUCACCAACACUGACGGAGGACCCUGUCGCAUCUACAACCUCGGCCGUUCAGCAGACUGUGAGGGAAGACAUCUCGACAGUGUCCCGUGGAGACAAUUUCCAUCCACGCUGGAAGUUAUAGAUCUCUCCUACAACAAACUUCAAGCAGUCCAUGCUGACAACUUCCUCCGCCUCCCUCAGCUUCGCAUCCUUCAUCUGCGGUACAAUAACAUUUCACACAUUGACAAUGAUGCCUUUAAAAACAACGCGCUACUGGAGCAUCUUGACAUUUUUAAUAACUCCCUGCAGGAAAUUCCUGCCACAGCUCUGACUCCUCUUUUGAAUCUGAAAGAGCUCUACAUGUCCAAUAACCUUUACAGACAUGCAACUUUGGCGGAUAGCUUCUCCAGAUUUGUCAAUCUCCAAUUGCUUUCUAUGGGCGGCCCUCUGGUGAUGGGUCUAAAGAAAGCUGAUUUUCAGCCCCUGAAGAACAUCAGGUUACAAAGUUUUGCUAUCAAAUGUUCCAGAAAUCUAAGUUACUACGAGCCUGGAAGUUUAGAAGUCAUCCAGACAAAGCAGAUGGCCUUUGAUAUGGCCAUAGAUCAACUGCCAAAUGCUCUCCCUCACAUGCUACGUGACCUCGCCAACAAGACCUUUAGCGUCAUCCAGUUCCGCAACCUCUUUGAGUUCAUGUACUACUUGGGAGAGGAGGACAUUUUCCAGGGUUUAAAACACAUCACAGCCCAGCAGCUCAUCUUUAACAGAGGUAAAUUCAAUGAGAAUCUCCUCAAGAUGGCCUUAAUAAACUUACAAGUGACCCCUAUCAAAAGGUUGAGACUUCAGUACAUCGACUUUGGCCGUUCACCCACAUUUGAUGACAGCGGAGCGGGUUCCAGCAUCACAGACCUGGCACUGGAUAAGUUGGAUCUUUGGUAUAUCAGCAAUCCAGACGUGCUGCGAUUUGACUGGCGCUUCACCUGGUUCAACAAAAUUAAGGAACUGUCCAUACGGCAUGUGUACUUCAACACCGUGCCUUGUGACGCCUGGGUUGAGAUGGAAGCCGUGGAGUUUCUGGAUGUCUCCAAUAAUCGACUGGAGAACGAGUACAUCUUCAACCAGCGGUGUGAUUACAAGAGCAUCAUGCCUAGACUUCACACCUUCAAAAUAAGCAACAAUGACCUGACCAGUUUAAAAGACUUGUCAGCGCUAACAAGGGAGUUCCAUCAGCUGCAGGUGUUGGAUUUGAGCAUCAACAAACUUGGAUCUGCUGACCGAAGUCAGGACUGUGUUUGGCCAAAAAAUAUCACUCGGCUUAUCGCUCACCACAAUCCGUUGGUGAGUGAAGCCCUCCAAUGUCUGCCCACUACGUUACACUACUUGGACCUGUCCUACUGCAAACUGGACCAGCUGGACAUGACAUAUUUUGAGAAAGCCACCAACCUGACGGAGCUCCUGCUGAGUGGGAAUAAAAUCAAGUUCAUCCCAUCCAUAUGGGAAAGUCCGUCGCUCCAGUCUCUGGCUUUGGAUGGGAAUUCGUUUGGUCUCAUAAGCAGGGAAUCCUUCCAGCACAUGCCUCAACUGUCUCAACUGAAGGCAGGAAACAAUCCUUACCACUGUACUUGUGAGCUCCACGCUUUCCUCAAGGACACAAUGUCCAAAGGAGGGGUCAACCUCACGGACUGGCCUUGGAACUACAGGUGUUACCACCCAGAGGCCUUGCGCAACACAGUCGUAUCCAAAUUCGUCCCAAGUCGAGUGGUGUGUGAUAUCAGACUACUUAUCGCCAUCUGUGUCGCCACCACAGCAGCCGUGAUCUUGAUAUUGAUGCUGCUAUGCUACAUUUUUGACCUCCCGUGGUACACUAAAGCCACGUAUCAGAUCGUCAGGGCCAAAUACAGAGCUCACAAGGAAAAAGCGGCAGGGGAAUUUGGUGCUUUUACCUAUCACGCCUUCAUAUCGUACAGCCACUCGGAUGCAGACUGGGUGAGGAACCAGCUCCUGCCUUGUUUAGAGAGCAAUGGAAACUCCUAUCGUCUGUGUAUUCAUGAGAGGGACUUCAUGCCAGGAAGGUGGAUCAUCGACAACAUCAUUGACAACAUCGAAAGCAGCCGUAAGGUAAUAGUUGUUCUCUCCCAGCACUUCGUGAACAGCGAGUGGUGCAACUAUGAGCUGUACUUCGCUCAUCAGAGAGCGGUGGGAAAGACGUUCGGCGACGUCAUAUUGGUGGUGAAGGAGCCAAUGGAUCCCUCCUCUUUGCCCAGUAAGUACUGCAAGCUUAAGAAGAUGCUGAGCACCAAGACGUACCUGGAGUGGCCUCAGCAGGUCAACCAGCAGGCGUUUUUCUGGAUGCAGCUGAGAGGCGUCCUGGGCAAGCCAACGAUGACCCGGAGGAGGCCGCACAGUGUUCAGAGCAGAACAUCGUCACUGAGAAGCGUUUCUGUGAUUAGGACCCCCGUGGAAGAUAGGAACCUAGAAGCAGCAAACCCUAAUGCAGACAAUGAAGCAGGACGGGAUGAGCUUUCAAAUCAGAGACACAUCCCUGUGGUUGCAUUUUGAUGAAAAGGUUAGAAAAACAAAGAUUAUACAUUUCUUCAGUGUUGUCUCAGUGAAGGCCUGAACCCAGGUGACCUUUUCGUGUGCAGGGGUUAUGCCAAAAGCUGGGAGCAAAAGCCAACGUGUCAUUAUGAUGACCAAUAACCCCCCCGUGGCAUUCUGUCAUGUUACCCCCAGAGGGUUUCGAGCUUGAUGCCCUUCGCUCCGCUCUCCCUCUGAGCGUCUCAGCGCCGGGUGGCCAGGCUGACAGCCGCUGAAAGGCCACAAAUGAGAUCUCCCAUGUUGCACUCUGGGUAACAAGCGAGGUGCCAGGAGGAUGUGGUGACAGGAGCCACAUUGUGAAAGGGCCGUGCUCUGUUACAUUCUUGGCCCUUAGAUGUAUGAGAUCAUGAGUGAUUCAGGGCCCAUGUCAAAGGCCACACAGGACAUACAAUACCUGACAAUGAGCCUCUUGCAGGUACAAACAGAUUCAAACUUCGGAGGGAUUUAGGCGAAUUUGCCGCAUUCGCCAGUUUUCUGGUAUUUUAAAUUUUCUUUUCGGUAAAAACACAAAUUCCGUUGUAGGAGUCACGUGCAAUAAGUCUGUCGUUAUCAAGAAAGUUUUUCACUUUAGGUAGUUUAUUUUGAAGCAAUUUUUAGUAUCAAAACAGUCAUAAUAAUGUUGACUUUGCAAUUCAAAGUGUAGGCUAGUAUAAUUCUAAAUUUAUUCAUAUUUGUCAUCAUUAAUUAAUUUAAAUCGAUGCUAUUGUAAAACACGACAGUAUCAAAAUGAACAUCUAAAACAUCUCAAAAACAAUUUAAAUGAUUUCGUUAACAACACUCGUUAUUUUUCCCCUUUUCUUAAAUUCUACCAAUCCUUAAAUUCUGCUGUUGACACUGUUAAACAUUUAAAGGCUUUCUUCAUGGAUUUAUUGGUGUUACAAGGGUCCAAUUUGAUUGCUGCCAAUUUACUUUCUUUUUUUUUUUUACUUGAUCUGAUUGUGGUGUUUGUCUUCGUCGUGUGAGGUCACUAUUUGCAAUAGCUACAGCCUUGAUUUUAAAUCGAUGGAAGAGUUGAGUUGAGCUCACACUGAUGAUUAAUGUUUCUCCAAUUUCAAGUGAUUUCCCAAAUUAAUUUUCCUUCUUUUUUUUGCUUUCAUAUGCAGUAUUGAGUCAGUGUUAAAGACAUUAAAGACUUUUACAGGUUUACAUGUGAGGUCAUUUGUACAAUUUGCAAAUGGCCAGUAGAUGACACCCUUGAACUUAUUCUUUUCUGGUUGAUGUCCCGCAGAGACAGAGAGAGAAAGAAUACUGUGAGAAAUUUAGAGAUUUAAGAGAUUGUUUUCUUUGAAAACAAAUAUAUUUAUUCUUAUCCAUAUAACUGAAACAUAAAUGUUGGGAGAAAAGUCAUUGUGCGAUAUUAGGUGCUAAAUAUGUUGACUGUGCACAAAAAAAGCAUGCUCUGUAGUAAAUGUUUCUGAGAAAGUAUUACAGCUGCCCAUGUUAUUGUUAUUUGAUAUCUUUAUUUUGUUGUGUUUUAUAAGAUUGUUAUUUGAAUAUUAUUGCGUAUUUAUUUCUAAUGAUCGGUCAAUGUUAAAACUUGCUUGUUAAAAAGCAGAAUAUUAUAUGUUUUUGUAAAACGGACAUGGUUUUCAUGUUUCUUCUUAACUUAACAUAUUUAAAGUACAGUACAUGCCUUGUUUUUAUUACUUGUAAAAUGCUGGACAUUCAAAAUGAUUGUAC